AUGUCAACACUAUUUCUUUCGAAUUUGAGUAAAAAUUAUAUUGGAUUAUUGGAUGAUAUUAAUGUGGAAUCGGACGAUUUACAAAUGGAAGAAAUUGAAGUUUGGACCAUGUUUCGGAUUAGAUCUUUUGAUUUGUCAUCAAAUGAACUAACAGAUUAUGAUCCAUAUCGUUGUUGUUGUCAGAAAGAUCAGGAUAAAUGA